AUGAAGGCAUCACUCAUCAUCGCCCUCGCUGCCAGCCUCGUCGCCGGACAGCUGGACAGCAUCCCAACCUGUGCCCAAGGCUGCGUCGGCAAGUACAUCACGGGAGGUGGCGUUGCCGGCUGCAAGACGGCCGACAUUGCCUGCGUCUGCCGGAACAAGGACUUCCUCGACGGCAUCGCCUGCUGCCUCGCCGACGUGUGCAGCCAAGAGGAUCAGGACAAGUCGGUCAAGUUUGCGAGGCAGCUCUGCACCUCGUCGGGCGUCCAGGUCCCCGACAAGGUGGUGUGCAACAAGGCAGCCAGCUCGGCAACGACCACGACGUCGACGUCGGCCACGGCCUCGGCGACGAAUGCCGCGCAGUCCUCGACGUCGAAAGCAGCCGCGGCACCCGUCGUCGGCAACAUCGGCGGCUUGACCGGCGCCGUCCUGGCCAUGCUCGCUGCUCUGUGA